AUGUCUGAACCUCUCACCAAGGUCGAUUCCGCCGUCCAAGGCCUGUCAUCAUCACCGCCCAAAGAGAAGGGUCACCGAAGAACCAGCUCUAGUGCGGCUGGUGUAAUGACCAUCCACGAAAUCAAUGAAAGCCAUGCACCUCUGAAGCUGGCUUUGGAGACACAGCAGACGGCCUGGAAAAUAAAUCAACGGCCAAAGGAUCUUGACAAUGAUCAACUGCUCAUGGUUCCUCUAACAGCACCUCCUAUCAAGAGCAUAACAUUAAGAUUCCCGCAUGGCAAAGAGGUCGUGGCACGAAACAUGAAGGGCCUGACAAUAGGUGACGCAUUGUCGGCCAUCCACAAGGCAAACAAGAACAGAGCUGAUGAUGAGCUGGAUAACCCGUACCUCAAGGGUUUCGCAUGGGAUGAAGGCGAAAGCUACUUUGAAGUUCACCUGCAAAGCCAGCCUGCAACGGGCAUGUCAAGCGGCGGCGGCGGCGGCAAGAAGAAGAAGAAGAACAAGGACGCUGACGAGUAA